AUGAAUUAAAAUAGAGAAUGUUAACAUCAUGAAAAGGUUACAGAAUUAUUUUGUGAAACUUGUAAAGAUUUGGUUUGUAAUGACUGUGUUAGUUAUGGACCACAUCAAACAAAGAAUCACAAAAUAAUUAGUUUUAAAGAUGCAUAUACAAUAAGAUAGGCAUUCAUUAAAGAUAGAAUCGAAACUGCCAUGAGAAAUAAAAAAGAAAUACUAUUAGAUUAAUUAGAGAAAAUAGAAAAUAGAAUGAAACAUAUUACAGAAGUCAAGGCUACUAUAGUCAAGGAUAUACAUAUGGAAUUUGAAGGAGGUAUUUUAAAGAGAUUAAAUGAUUCAUCUGGCACAUUAACAGCUGUAUUGUAAAAAGAUAUAGCUUGGUUAUAAAAACACUUGAAUUCUAUUGAUGAUUUCAUUCAUACAUUUGAAUAUUUGGCUUUAGAUUAGAAUGUGUUACCUUUACUAUUUAUAUCAAAGACAUUAAGUCAAUAAACCAUGAAAUUACUUAGUAUAAUAAUUAAAAGUAUUUAAAACAUUAUAACUUUGAUAGCUGAAAUAACAUCACAUCCUUCUGAUCUCCCAAGAGAAUUAUUUGAUCUCAGAACAAAAAUAAAAAAUUCUGAAUUACUUUAACAAUAAAUUGAAUUCAAAAAAUAAGUGAUAUGGAAAUGUCGUCAAGAAAAGAUUUAAUCAUUAUAAAGAAUAAAAGAGGAAUUCUUUAUUAAAAUUGAGGAUGAAAUCUAUGAUUGGGUAAGAUUACUUAAGAAAGUUGUAAAUACUUUGGAUAGUUUAUGCAUGAUAUGUACAUUUUGUGGGUGUUUCAUUGAUGUUAUAAAUGAAUAAUGUGCACUUAAUACUAAGCCUUAUGAAGAAGUUUAAUUAGAGUGUAAAUAUUAAUCCUAUUCAAACUAAAGUUACUGGAUUCACAAAUGAAUUACCUAAAAUGAAAGUUUUUGGAACUUGUUAACAUUUCUUUGGGUAUCCAAAAGAGGAAUACUUAAUUUUGAGGAAAGAUAAAUAUGCUAAUUUUGGGGAUUAUCAAGAAUAAAGAAGAGCUGCAAAGGAAGUUUAUUUUAAAGUUUUUAGAUCUUUAUGUAAUAAUAAAUAUUAAUAUAUUUAGGGUUUUCAAUUAUAGAUUUAAAAGCUCGAAGAUAUUUGAAAUAAUUAGAUUUGUAAGCUAUUUUUAAAAAAUAUGAUCCAGAUAACAAAGGUUGGUUAUCUAUAGUAAAAUUUAAAUAUCUUAUGCAUUAAGAAUUGGGCAUGUCUGUUUAAGAAGUCGAAAAGCUUGUUAUUUAUUUUCGAGAUGAAAAGGAAGACAAAGUAUUUAUUAAACUAUGUAGGUUAAUUAUGAAUAUUUUCUUGGAAUUGAUUGGUAUUUGGAAGAAUUAUAGAGAUUGGAAGAAAAAGUAAAAGCAGAAUCUAUUAAAUAUGCUAAAUUAUAUAAUAGAAGAGUUAGAGUAAAGACUACAUCUCCUUAACCAAGAUAAGAAACUAAAUUUGUAGAAAAACCAUAAUAAUCUACUAUUUAUAGUAGUUUCACCCGAUUUUCUUAAGCUGUUGAAAAAUAACCUGUUCCAUAACCUGUUUAAUAUGAAUAACCUCGAUUUGGAUUUGUUGAAAGAGAUAAUUCUCAAAAUUAAACUAUGAAUAGAUAAUUCCCACAUAAAAACAAUUUUGAAUUCUCAGCAGAAUCUAGUUUGAAGAGUAAACAAAAAUCAUCUUCUUUAUAACCUAAAAAAGUUUAAUUUGAAGAAAAAUAAGGUUAUUAAAGAUUUAAAGAAUCAACAUAAAUAAGCGGAAAUUAUGCUUCUAAAUAUUAUUGAGAUUGGAC